AGUCUCGACCGGUGCCAGCUCAAGGAUGUGGUAGCUUCAAAAUCAGAGAAACUCGAUGCUAAAGUGGCUGACGACGGAGACAACUGGAGCGUGGGACAAAGGCAGCUCCUGUGUCUAGGACGAGUGAUGCUAAAGCGCAGCCGGCUAUUGUUCAUGGACGAAGCCACUGCCUCGGUCGACUCACAAACUGACGCCGUAAUUCAAAAGAUCAUCCGGGAAGAUUUCGCUUCUUGCACCAUCAUCAGCAUUGCUCACAGAAUUCCCACGGUCAUGGACUGCGACAGAGUGUUAGUGGUAGAUGCAGGACGCGCUAAAGAGUUUGACAAACCGUCGCGCUUGAUUGAAAGGCCGUCGUUCUUUGGAGCAUUGGUUCAAGAAUACGCCAAUAGAUCGUCUGGACUAUAAUUAAUAAUCCAAUCCAACAAUUUCUCUGUUUGGUGCUAAUAUCUUGGCAAGUCUCUUGAAGUGCAAGUUCUUGUGUUUCUCGUGCCACUACAACAAAUGAUCGCAGGGGCGGAGAAAAAAGCGUUGCGGUUUCUGCUGUGAAAGAAUGGAAACAACCUUUUUGUCCUAUGAACUGUUGAACUUGGUAUUAACACGUUAAUAACAAAUGUACUUCCCAAUAUUCUACCC